GGUGACGGUAAUGUACGUUUACGUUUACACGCCUCGACGCAGCAUCAGGGUCGCAUUUCCAAGGGACAGGGUGACGACCGAUAGGGAUAAAAUAUAAAAUGAAAGUAACAGCCGUCGGAAUACUCGCGCUGUGCGCAUGCGCGGUGGACGCCAUGUCACGUCGCCGUCUAUCGACGUCGGACAAUGACGUCACGCUAUCCGGCACUACCGUUAGACGCCCACCAAGAUGGCCGCGCGGUCCACGUGGUGUGCACGUGAACACUGGGAACACACAAGGCACAGAGAACUUAAUCGUUGGUGGCACGUUAGCAGAUAGCAACACGGCACCCUGGCAGGAUUUGAUGGUAUCGGCUGAAGCGACAUCUAGUGGCCCUAUCCAUGGUCGGGCUGUGGUGGAACUUCUCAUUCGAGAGCGACUGGAUCCUAACGCCCUGCUCACUGCCCAAAGGCAAGGGACCAGCUGAUCUCCCGCUGAUGAUUGCUGGAAGUCUGA